UAGGACGCGGGGACCGCGGCGCUUGGGGCCCGGGAAGGGGCCACCGAGCAGGGACGCGGCACGGUGGGUGCGCCCCGGGGCAUGUCCGCGAGCCACUGCCCGGGCUGCAGCGGUCCACGCGAGAUGGCCAGUAACCCAUGUGCCAGGUAGCAUUCUAUGCCCAUCUUGAAUGCCAACAGGAAGUCACUGGACAGCAAACUCUUCCAAGAUCAUAACUGGGCUGUUGGAGUAACUUGGAACAGAAGAAAAAAGAAUCAAAACCAUGGCAAAAGCAAAGAGAGCUCGGUCUACCGCUCCUCCGGAUGGAGGCUGGGGCUGGAUGAUUGUUGUUGGCUGUUUCCUUGUUACCAUCUGCACCCGGGCAGUAACCAGAUGUAUUUCAAUUUUUUUUGUGGAGUUCCAGACAUACUUUACUCAGGAUUAUGCACAAACAGCGUGGAUCCAUUCCAUUGUAGACUGUAUGACCAUGCUCUGUGCUCCUCUUGGGAGUGUUGUCAGUAACCAUUUAUCCUGUCAAGUGGGAAUCAUGCUGGGUGGCUUGCUUGCAUCUACUGGUCUCAUCCUGGGCUCAUUUGCCACCAGUCUGAAGCAUCUCUACCUCACUCUGGGAGUUGUUACAGGUCUUGGAUUUGCACUUUGUUACUCCCCAGCUAUUGCCAUGGUUGGCAAGUAUUUCAGCAGACGGAAAGCCCUUGCUUAUGGGAUCGCCAUGUCGGGAAGUGGCAUUGGCACCUUCGUCCUGGCUCCUGUGGUUCAGCUCCUUAUCGAACAGUUUUCCUGGAGGGGAGCAUUACUCAUUCUUGGGGGCUUCGUUUUGAAUCUCUGUGUUUGCGGUGCCUUGAUGCGGCCAAUUACUCUUAAAGAGGACCAUACAACUCCAGAGCAGAACCAUGUCUGUAGAACUCAGACACGAGACUUUAAGAGAGUGUCUCCUUGUACAACUUUGACCAACAAAUGGGUGCAGACCUGCCUUUGCUGCUCUUUGCAGCAGGAAUACAGUUUUUUACUGAUGUCAGACUUUGUUGUGUUAGCCGUCUCUGUUCUGUUUAUGGCUUAUGGCUGCAGCCCUCUCUUUGUGUACUUGGUGCCUUAUGCUUUGAGUGUUGGAGUGAGUCACCAGCAAGCUGCUUUUCUUAUGUCCAUUCUUGGGGUGAUUGACAUUAUUGGCAAUAUCACAUUUGGAUGGCUCACCGACAGAAGGUGUCUGAAGAAUUACCGGUAUGUUUGCUACCUCUUUGCCGUGGGACUAGAUGGGCUCUGCUAUCUUUGCCUCCCAAUGCUUCAAAGUCUUCCCCUGCUCGUGCCUUUCUCUUGUACCUUUGGCUACUUUGAUGGUGCCUAUGUGACUUUGAUCCCAGUAGUGACUGCAGAAAUAGUGGGGACUACAUCUUUGUCAUCAGCGCUUGGUGUGGUGUACUUCCUUCAUGCAGUGCCAUACUUGGUGAGCCCACCCAUCGCAGGCUGGCUUGUAGAUGCGACUGGCAGCUACACUGCAGCAUUUCUUCUCUGUGGAUUUUCAAUGAUAUUUAGUUCUGUGUUGCUUGGCUUUGCUAGACUUGUAAAGAAGAUGAGAAAAACCCAGCUGCGGUUCCUUGCCAAAGAAUCUGAUCCCAAGCUGCAGCUGUGGACCAAUGGAUCGGUGGCUUAUUCUGUAGCAAGAGGAUUAGAUCAGAAAGAUGAGGGGUCUGUGGCUAUGGCAGUGCCUGGUUACAACCCCACAUGACCAACAGCCUUGAGCCUGGGCACCUUCAGGUCUGAGAGAGGUGGGACCACUGGAUUGUACAAGUUUUUAAAGCAUUUUAUUUUGGCAGAAGCAUUGCUUUCCGAGGAAAUUAUUAUUAUUGUUUUGUUAACAUAUUUGUAGGGGAAAACAGAAAAUAACAAAGCAAAUUGGACUGGCUCAGAGUUUUCUCAUUUGAGAUUUGUACUCAAAAUUGAACUCACAUCUUUCAGGCAAUAAGCAUCACUCCACAGAGAAUGUUAGGCGAUAGCUGAUAUAAUUUUCUGUAAUUAGGGGUAAUUUCAAGACAUGACCAAAACAGAUGCCACUGGGCAGCAGCUUUGUCUCAAACUCUCUGCCCCUCCAUCCUCCCUUCUCAGUUAGAAGGUAAAAAGAAACAUUGGUGUGUAGGUUUGCUUAUUUUGUGCUGUUUGGAGAAGGGGAGUCUGCAAUAAUUGUUGCCUUUUCAAGAAUAAAAAGUAUUCUUCAACAACCCUAUUUAAAGUCCUAAUGAGAAACUCCACUAUGAAAAAGCUUUGCCAUCGUCAUCUUCCACCACCACUGAAAGCUCUUUGCAUAAGACUGAGGCUCAUCUUUGACAAGGGGCUCACCUCUAUCACAUACAAUACUUACUCUAAAUUUAUCAGGACACACCAAAUCACAGGGCAAUUUCUAAAUCUUACCUGAAAUGUUAACACCAACACUUCCCUGUUUUUCUUUAGAAAUAAAGCUUUUAUUUAAAUUGCAGACACAUUCCUGUUAGGAACAGAAAAAUGUUGGCAGUAUUCCAACUGGGCAGAAAUUGAAUUCUUGAAUCAGCAGGUCUCUGAUUAGAGUUUUCUUUUCAGCUCAGAUACUUAGGUUCAUCAUUACCCAAAACAGGACUUGGAGUUUUGCCUGAAAAAUAUUAUUCUAGAGAUGUUCUAAAGGUGAGAUUCUUUUCUCCCCGUGUUAAUUCUUGUUCCAGGGUCCACUCCUCUUCAUCUCUUUAUGAAUAAUCACUAGAAACUUGGUGAACUUUUUCAUCUGAAUGAGAAAUCUUCAUGGGUUAACCUCAGCAUCAUAGCACUCUCAUAAAUUACAGCUUUGGUUAGAGGAGAUGGAGGAGAAGGUUAAGAGGACUAGUGGUGUGAUGUUUUACAGUUUAUAAAACUUUCACCUACCUAACUCAUUGGAUUAGACUAGUUUACUCAAUCCCAACUACUCUACUUUGGUAGAGCAGUAUGGUUUCAGAUAAUUUCCCAGUCUUCAGAUUGAAGAGGGAGGGCAUGGGGAGAGAAGAGAAAGGCCAGAUCCCACAGCCUGUCUCCAACUAUUUUAAAUCCACAGAAUUGCAAUUCUGAAUGCCAAAUCAUGUUGCACCUAUAAAUAGGGGCAAGUUAUACAAUUGAAAGGAGGGUUUAAUUAUUCAAAAACUUAAAAUCUGAACCUCAAGGAAAUAUUUUGACCCUGAAGGCUAUUUAAUCCACUGUCCCCUGGGAGACUUCACAGAUGCCCUGCCAGGGGUCCUGAGAGAAAAAACACAGCAAUGAGGAAGAUCCUGGGUUGACUGAGCAUGUCAGCAGAAUGUUUGCCUAUAAAUGGACUAUUUCAUAAAAUUACAUAGUCAUACAUUGCUUUCAUUAUGAAAUACUGACUUGAUGUGAUGGGAGAAUACUGUAAUAUUUACAGUUGUUUUCCAGAGAGAAAUUUCAAUGUUACCUGUUAUCUUUUUACUUAGUUUGAGAAUUUAAUUUUGAACCUAUUUACUUUGUCAUUUUUAAAUUUAAAAACAGCAUUUGGAAAAUAUCUGUAAAAAGUCAAAGUUAAAAUGAAGUUUUAUGUGUUUGGAAUAGCACUUUACACUAAAUGUCAUUUCUUGAAUGUUCAAGUCUAAAGAUUUUUGGAAAUAUAAAUAGUUAUAAAUAUUCAUAUACAUAUUUUUCCUAGUGAUGAUCACAGCAAAAUUUUGUUUAUCUAGUUCUGCAGUAUAAUUUCUCUAAAGUAUUAUAAGUAUUCAUGAAAAAUAAGCAUAGCGAUCAGAGCUUUUAAAAAUUUGUAUAAAAUAUCUUGGAUAUUUUGACUUUAUACAUGCAUAAAUUUGUAUUUUACUUUCCUUUUUGGAGCAGCAGUUUUAGAAAACCAGUAAGGAAAAUGUAGAUCGUAGAGUCUACUAUUGUCAUCUACACAAAAUUUUACUGUUAAGGUUCCACGUGCCUAUACUGUUUAUUUCAAAAUGGAGGGAUUCAUGGGAAUAAUGUAUUUUAUGGAAUCAGAACACAAUUGUGGUGGGAUGAAUAUACAUCUUAAAUAUUUCUUUAUAGCACUGCAAGCUCUGCUUUGAAAUUGACUGAGUAAAAAAGCAAAAGAAACUAUUUAACUUCUGUGGAAACACUGUACCACUGGGCCUUUUUUCAUAUUGUGAUUUCAACUAAUAGAUCAGAUAUUUAUGCUAAUAUUUUCUUAUUUCAAAAGCAUAAUAAAAUGAGUUUAUAGUCAU